AUGGCUCGCACCAAGCAAAAGCCUGAGCGCCACGUCGAUAUUCACAAGACUGCGCGCCGAGCCCGCCAAGAAAAGAUCUGGAGCUACAAUGCCCAGAAAAGGAACUGGGAGCGGGAUCACCCUGGCUCCAACUUCCCACAACAAGCCCCUCGCCCUGUCCCUCCUUUGAGCAAGGCUUCUGUCAACAAACGGAUCGUCGCCGAGAUCCGACACUACCAGAAGUCGGCCGCCUGUCAUACUGACAUUCGUUGCACUCAGUUUGCUAUCAAACUCAAGAGCAAACUUAGAAAUCUCCUCCUCAAACCUACAAGUCACCAUACAUAUCUUGGCUUAUCACACCAACAACAGAAGCAAUACUACUCAACGAUUGCUGCAAACUCUUCUACUACAUCUGUUUAUGCUACAUACAUCACGGCAUAUCAUUUGGACACUCAUUGA